AUGCCGCCCGCAGGCUCCCACGGACACCAGCGCAAGCACCUCGCCGUCAAACGCGCCGAUGGCCAGCCCCUCACACGCGUCGACCUCCAGUAUGACAUGCUCUACGCCAUAUUCAACGACCCCCAAGCCGUCUUCACCGACCCUCACAACACCAUCCGCGGCUAUCCCCCCCACUCCAAGGUCUCCUUCCGUGAUCUCUACGUGAACGCCCUCAUCCACUCCCCCAAGUGCUCCCGCGCCCUCCGUGACAAGAUCAGGGAAAGCCCACUCUUCGGCAAUGAGUUUGGGAUGAUCUCACUGCUUUCCAACGUCGGGCGCAUCAACACCACCAUGGCCUUUUUUCCUGAAAUGAAGACCCAGUUGCGCACCUACCACCCAGUACCUGCUCUGCAACAGACAAAGGGCAAUUUGCAGGAUGCCCCUCGCAUCAAAAACAUACUCAAGACUUGUUUCCUCCAGAACGAGGCGCAGGGGAAUGUCACAACUCCCAACGACGUUCUUGCCCGCACCCGUUCAAAUCAGAUCCCACCCACCAGCAUCGUGAACCUGGUUUUCGUCUUCGCGAGCCACUCGUCCACAGUGGCACGGUCACACUUCACCCCUCGUUCAUACGAGUUCCUUGACCUCUUCACUCCGAUCAAAGUGUCUUCACAGUCGAGAGCACAGGCUUUCCUCUGGCUCUGCUACCAUUAUUACGAAGGCUCUGUAGGAAAUCCGUUCCGUGCACCAGACUCUGAAGAGGGCUCCGAAAUGGCCCCUCCUUUCGUCGCCUUGUCAGAUGCCCAGUUAAAAUUGGAGAACGUCGAUACGCCUGAAGAGAUCCAACGUGGGAAGGACAUGAUAUCCCAGAGGAGUCUCGUUCAGAGCACACGGGACCAUCUAGCCGCCCAGGAGGACGUGGCAGAGGCAGCGCGACAGCAAGCUCUCGGCUUGACAGGACGCGGCAAAGGGAGGAGCAGACUCGCCCAAUCUACGUCCGCCCUCAGCACGAGAGACGUCACGCCAGCAGAUAGCCAUUCCUCGACACCGCAUCCAUACCACGCCGACGCCUUCGAUGGACCAGGGCGGAGGCAGCUCACAUCCUCGCACUCUGACAGCCUGAGUUCUCGUCGAGUAUCCACUCCUCCUUAUGUGCGGGGCUCCUUGCACGCGUCCACACAUGAGGCAGCCCCAUUGCCACGCACCCCGACCGAGCUUUAUCCCGACCGAGCGGCUAGCCCCUCUGCUGACCUGCUCCAACAUAGCAAUGGGAAGCCGACGAGGAACUCACGAAAGUCCCAUGGGCAUACUUUGUUCCACCCUAUUUAUCCCCGUGAGCCGCAUGGCCCGACAAGACGUGCGUCGCACCCCCAUCUCAUGGUUGAGAGGUAUCAGCCUGCGUCCCUAGAUAUUCCAGAGAGAACCAUGCUUGAACGUGCGCGCACUUUCCCCUGUCUUUCAUCAUAUCCCUCCAUUGACGCGGCUCGCUUCCCAGAGGCCAUGCACGUCGUGUUGACCAGAGACCCUCUCUCCGACUCGGACGACGAGAUAUAUGGGGACGAGAACACGCGCCGCGAUUACAGUACGCCGCUUCUUCCGCUGAGUUUCGGCCUGCCCCUCACCAUCCUUCACUCCUUCCAGCUCGGCGACUGCGUGUGUUAG